AUGCCUCGAAAAACGUUUUUAUUAAAUCGUUCUGAAGCACGUGCGUGUCGGUUAAAUGGUAUUCAAGAAUCACAAUACUUGCCGCAAAGACCAGAACUUCGUCAAUCAUUUGCAGACCAUGUUAUCUAUAAUAGUAAUCAAUUACCACCGAAAGUCGAUCUACGACCUAAUAUGACACCCGUUGAAGAUCAAUCAAGAAUUGGUAGUUGUGUCGCCAAUACUCUUGCGGGUGCCUAUGAGUAUUUAACGAAAAAAGCUAAUGGUUACGAUAUCGAUGUUAGCCGUCUCUUCAUCUAUUAUAAUGCACGAGCUCAAGAUAGCCAAUCGGGUCAAUUGACAGAUUCUGGCUGCUCGAUGACCAAUGGCAUUGAAUCAUUGCAAGCGCACGGAGUUUGCCUCGAAUCGAUGUGGCCGUACAAUAUUGAGAAUGUCAAUAUGCCUCCUUAUCAAGAACUUUAUCAAGCAGCUGAUGAUUUUAAAAUAACCGAAGCUUUUCAACUUGAAUCCGAUUUACAUCAGAUGAAGUCUUGUUUAGCACAAGGCUUUCCGUUCGCUUUUGGUUUGAAAUUAUUUACAUCAUUUGAUAAAGCAUCUAGGACAGGAGUUGUACCAAUGCCUGAUGAAUCGGAACAAAGUCGAGAAUCUCACGGCAGUCAUGCUCUACUAGCUGUCGGUUAUAGCGACCAAUCGGCUUCUUUCAUCGUUCGAAAUUCUUGGGGAAAAUAUUGGGGAGACAAUGGUUACUGUUAUAUACCGUAUGAUUAUCUAGCGAAUCCGAAUUUUUGUUUUGAUAUGUGGACUGUGCGUCAGUUAGCAAGUGAUGAUUUUGGUCAAGAACAUUGGGACAAUGAUGAUUCAAUUAACUACCAUUAUGUUGAAGAGGAUCCUGAUGGAAAUGAAGAACCUAGUCGAGCUAUUGAACAGUAUGAAAACGAGAAUGAACUUAUGAAUGACAUGAAAAAUUUUGCUCAGAAGAUGAUAGGCUCCUUUUUUUCGCUUGCAUUCUGA